CAAGGACAAGUUGUUUCCAUGGCAACGCGACCAGGAAGUUGGAUCUCAGAGGAGAGCGGAAGGGACGGUUUGUUUUUGGUUUGUUUUUGGCAAGUAAAACUAGUUUCUCGCCCACAUGACUUCGUCAAAGUUGCGAAAUUUUCUUGCAAGAUCCUGACUGUAACGUCUCCACCGUGAGUCCAGGAUGUCUGCGUCCAUGAGAGCCAGUUCAGCGCCGAGUUCAUCCAGGCCGCAGCGAGAACUGGACACCACAGAACUGAAUUUCCAAGUCCCAGUGGAGGGCAGAAGGACACAGUCUCCUCCUGGCAACAACCACAUCAUCCCAGAUGAGCUGCUGGUCAGCCUCACCUCCACUGUUUGCAGCAGGAGCACUCUGGGGCACACUGCACACCAUCGGCACUGCAAGCAGGGCUGUGGAGUCAGACGGCCGGAUGCAGUCUGGCAUCACCCGCUCGGACGCAAGAAAUACAAGUUCUUUCUGGAGCAGCCAACGUCCAUGACUGGGGCUGGCAGGGACAUCUCGUUCCUGUGUGAUGCUAUGGUAACCCAGAAGAAGACAGCACCCCUCCCACCACUGACUGACAGGACUGGCAUUGGAGACAUACAGAACUUGAGUGUCUCAGAAAGUCUCAUCCCUGAAGAAUAUCACAUUGUGAAAAACAAAGGGCUGCGGAGUCUUGAGUUCUUUGAGGAUGCUUUCACAGUGCAGCUACAAGAUGAUGAGCAGAAGCUACGGGUCUUCCCUUCACUGAGGCCCAGUGGCAGACUGGAAGUGGUCCAGCUGAUGAGGAUGAUGGACGAUAUGCUGGAAAAGGCUGGAGUCGAUCAGCAGAGUGAGGAGCUGACGGAGCUCUCCCAGAUGGAAGGUCUGCUGGAGCUGGUGCAAGUUGAGCAGAACAUCUACAACAUUGUUUUUCAUGAACUGAUCAGGCAGGUCAGUGUGGGCUGUGCUGAGAGAGGAGAACUGCUUGCCAAACUCAGACAGCGUUACCAGUCCCUGCUUGAGCGAAUCCCCAGCCGUCUGAAGGCUCUGCACACUGAGGCAGUGGCGCAGCGGGCUCUGGACCGCCGGCUCACUGAGGAGAUCCACCGCAUUAAGAAAUCCAUCCAGCAGCUCAACACGGAACUCUCCAGGAUCAGAGACCAUGAUGCUUUUGUCUCCCAUCAGGCAGAGCGUGCUCACAAACAGCUGGCUGGGGCACUUGAGCAGACCCACACCAACUCAGAUGUUGUUCAGGGUUACCACGAGCUGUAUGAGCUGCAGAGGGGUCGCCUUGAGGCUCAGCUGCUCCAGAUGACUGAGGAACGAGACUGCUGGAGCCAGAUCACCGUCUGCCUCGCACUGAAGGUGAUUAGUGUGAAGAAGCUGCAGCUGAUAAGUCGGCUGCAUGUCAUCGCGCAGAACUGGUUCAAGACAGCCGAGCACUGCAGCCUUUACCUCGCUUUGAAGGACACAGAGGACCUGAAUACCAUCAUGCAGCUCUCUGACUACUGGAAAGAGCAGCUGACUGCUUUCAUGUCCCUGCUGAAGAAGACUGAGCAUGUUCAGUGUGAACAGAUCAGUACCAUUCAGCAAGGCAUCGCCAAGUGGCUCGCCUUCUGCACCACACAGAACAAGUGUCCUGACCCAAAGUAUGAGAAAGCUUCAUUGGAAAAGAUUCAUGAUGAUUUGAAGCAGUGGUCAAAUAUGUUGGCCGUCAUGUGUGACCGCUACCAAGGUGAGAAGCUGCUGUGCUGCCAGCAGACACUGGACGAGCUUGGCCAUGUCCUGGAAAGAUGGCUGAAUAUGAGCCUUGAGCUGUUCAGAAGACAUCCUUCUCCUGAUGGUGAACCCCGUGAAGGUCAACAGGCUUUAAGAGACCUGGACAAGGUUCUAUCUGAGCUCCUCAAACAGCUUGACACCCAAGUCAGUGGAGAGAGUGGGAUCCAUGGACAGAUCACUUCACUGCUUGGAUCGAUGGAGUCCCGGGUUUCCAAGCUAGGUGCAGCGAUUGGCCGGCCAGAAAUGAUGUCCGUCUCUGACUGGCUGAAACUGGAGAAGGCGCUGCAUAACUGGCAAAGUUUGGCUGAAAAGGCCUUUCAGAACGACUCCAACAUACAGACAGAGAACAAUAAGGACAAAAAGAAGACUGACAUAUAUACAGAGACAGAAAAGUUGUUAGAGAAAGUGCAGGAGUUCAUAACCAGCCUGUCCAACUUCACUGAUGGUGAGAACCAGAGACUAAGUGAGGAGGUCAGUUCUAUUCACAUGGCUCAGACCCGCUGGAUGUUGGAUCUGUUGCUCCUCAUGGUACCUGACCACAGCGAGGACCACUACCAAGAAUGGGAACACCAGUACAUAACAAACAUCUCACUGCAGACACUGGAUGAGGAUGCCACAAUGGUGGCUGAGAAACUGGACUUUUUCUCCAAAUACAUCAGCAGCUCUUGCAAAAUUAUUCUGGACGAGCAGAUUCGACAAAACCCACAUGAAGUUGAGGGUGAAAAUGAGAUGAAGGAGUGCAGAAAGCUGCAGAGGGAGUGCACUGAUUGGGUGGAGACCUGUAUAAUCCUACUCUCAGGAGUCACAGGUGGAUGUGGUCCUGUGCAGCUGCCUGUCAGACAGGCUGACCCUGCCUCCAACGGUGAUGUCCCGGUCUCUCCAGCAGACAGCAUGGCAUCUCUGAUAAACCAGGAGGUUUCAGCAGAGUCUACUGCAGACAGUGAGGUGAAAGAUGAGACUGAGGCAGAACAGAGAGAGGGGGAACUAACGGUUUGUGACAGCCCAGUGGUGAAGCUGAUCAGCUAUGAUGGAAACAUUAUACAAAGAAAGCUGGGAGAGAGCAGUGUUCACCUAAAUGGGACUGAGCUGGUUGUGUCUCCAACAACAGAUGGAGCUCAGAAAGCUUUUAGUGAUCUGACCACAGUAGGAUUACUGCAGCAGGAACUACAUGAUUCAGAGCUGCAAGUCCAGAGUAUGGAGCAGCGAGCCCUAAAGGCUGAGGAAGCUCUGCAGGCAGCCCUGGAGAAGAUUCGGGACCUGGAGAGACAACUGCAGGGUCGGCCUAGCUUGGAGCCCAAAAGUAGUGAAGAGAAAAAGAAAACACCACCACCUUCCCCACCACCAGUACCAGCCCCAGCAUCUCCAAAGAAAAUCAGCACUGAAGCCAAACCAACAAGUAGCAGCAAAAAGACAAAGAAACGGUGAUCUGAUAUGUCAUCAAGUUCCUUUUAGGUUUUUUAUGUUUCAUGUAUUUUCUCUGUUGUAACAAGACUCAUCGCCUGAAAACCAUUACAGUCACAUAUAUUAAACCAGUAAAGAAAAAAUGUAUAUGACUUCUGGUGAGUAUUACUAAUACAUGUACUAUCACAGAGUUGUAAAAGUUAUGUUGCACAAAUGAAUAAAAAAAACAGGUUAAAAGAAGCAUCAUUUACCAGCGCUACCAUCUUAGUAUAAAUUAUUUUUAAUAUCAGGAGGUUGUCUAAUAUUCAGUUACAUUAACAUUUAUAUGAUAGCUUGCUGUGGUUUUGUUAACCUUGUGAUGUGUUUUUGACUAAGUA